AAUUGUAGAAUAUGGCCCAAAUAGGAAAAAUAUGAACUUUACAUAAAAAAACCCAAAAGUCGAAAACACAUCAUCCAAACUGAAAAUGCGGCAAUGGCAGAUGUGGGUGUUUCCGUUUUAGUCACCAUGCCGAACUAUUCACUGUUCUCCGGUCACAAACAUGGCUCCAAUGGACUUGUUACUAUGACUUGGACUUUGCAUUAUUUGUUGGAAUUUCACGAUCGGAUUUGGUCCCAAAUGGGCUCUUUUGCUCUUUUCGUCGUGAAUUUGGUCUCAUAUAGCAUUGGGACUCUUCAAAGUUAGUUAUUGUUUAGAUUCGUGCUACAGAAAGUAAGUAUAACGACCAAUAAUUCUGAGCAUUCAGGUCAAAGAAUAAGUUAAGGGAGAAGUUUGGCCAAUGGAUUUCUUUUGUAUUCUUUCAAUCAUCCCAAGUUCAAAAGUAUUAUUUGAUUUGGUGUGCUGUUUUGGUAAAAAUGAAUAUAUCCAGGGGAUUUUGGAUGGAGAGUUUCUUGAUGCUACUUCAUCACUUUUCCAGAAGUUAGAAGGAUAAGAGUUGUGCUUGUUCAAUCACUAGAACGUGAACAAGAAGAUAUCAGGCAUGAGUUUUCUGGCGAAUUUGGGAGAACAGGUUCCAUCUGAGUUUCUUAUUGAUAGCAUAAGUUGCCUUCCAUGCAAAGUCCUCAACAUUAUUCUUGAGAAGUUGCCUUUAUUUGAUGCUGUAAGGACAUGUGUUUUGGCAAAGGGUUGGCGAUACAAAUGGCUUAUGCUUUCUAAGCUCUUUCUAGAUUAUGAACUUAUUUCUGAUGAUACUAAGGAUCUUAAAUGGGAUAUGAUUUUUUUUGUCACCAACAAUUACUUGCUUAAUCACACAGGCACAAUCAAAACCUUUUACCUGAGAACAUUAUGCUGGCCACACUAUCCUGAAUUGUAUCAGUGGCUCCUAUAUCUUUCAAAACUUGAUCUAGAGGUGCUGUUGCUCGAAGAGCUUGGAAGUCAGCCAUUUGAGAUGCCUUCUUAUAUGUUCCGUUUCAAGAAGCUGCGAUCUUUAUUCCUUGGAAAUUGCACUUUGCGCAUACCAUCUACAAUUGGGAGUUUCAGCACUCUGUUUGAGCUCUCCCUCAGAGAUGUUUCAAUCAAUGACAACGAUCUUCAUCAUUUGCUUCUUAGGUGCCCGUUACUGGUGAAGUUAACAUUGUUGAGGAUACAUGGAUUAGAUCAUUUAAGAAUUCAUUCCCCUUCACUGACCAUGCUAGAAAUAGACACCCGAAUUGAGGACGUUGUUAUUGAAUCCUUUGCGUGUUUGGUUUUAGUUUGUAUCAAGAAUUCUUUCAGAUAUCCAGGGAUGGUUCGAUCCUGGCGGAGUGUUAUUUGUUGCCUAUCUGGUCUUGACUCCCUUCAACGUCUGGUUUUAUAUGGAGAAUUUAUCACGAUCUUGGCUGCUGAUUGUGCACUUGAGAAUUUUCCAUUGAGGAAUGAUACUCUGAUUUGUCUUUCCCUUUGUGAUGUAAGAUUUGAGACUAUUGAAGUGCUCAGGGUUUGCCUUUCUUUACUAAGCUCCUGCAUAAACAUCAAAUCUUUCCAAUUUUCGAUUGAAGCAGCCAAAGGUCCAAAGCGGAUCACUACAUAUUUAAAGGAAUGGGAUGUGCUGUGAACUUCAUCGAAUUUCUUUGCGCUCAUUCCCCUAACCUCAAGGACAUCUGCAUUGUAAAGGGAGGGAAGCUGCAUACCGACCGGACUCACAAGAUGCUCUCCCGGUUUGAUAAAAUUUGUCCUAAUGCUAACAUUAAAUAUAUACAAAAACAAUAAGUCUAUCUGUGUCCUUUAUCUAAUAAGUUUAUAGUUGGGAAAUGAGCUCAUGUUUAUGAGCCCAUUGCUUUUGCAAGCUAUCUGGUUGUCAGAGAAACUAAUUCUUCUCAAAAUUUAGUCUAGAUGAACUUUUAGACAAUAGGCUGAUCACUUAGAAUAUUAUGUCCCUUUUGUUUCUAUUACUGUUUAUAAUUUUCCUUGGUAUGUAUGGAGGACAAUGUUGUGUUGUUACAUAUCUUAUAUCGAGAUUUGUUUACAAUACACUGGAGGUAAUUGUUUUAAUGUAUACCAUCAACUUGAAGUAAUUGUUUUAAAACUAUAUUUAACCAAUUUCCCCCUAAAAAAAGUUCAAUCAUUUCAAUUUUAUUUUUUUGAUUUUAUUAUGACAUUGCCUUAUAGAUUAAUUUCUCAAUUUGGAAUUUCUAUGAGAAACUGGCCCAAUACUAUGAUUUAAGAUUAAAGAAUUAUUGUACCCUUUAUCAUCACCAAGUUAGCACUAUUAUCCGGCAACAGAUUACUGUGGAGUUCAGCAUUGAUGGUAUGUCUCUCUCAUCAUUAUUACUCUUUUUGGGGGUGUAAAAUAAAUUUGCAUUUUGCAAUCUUUUGGUCAUUUUUGUUGGCCAUGGCUUAUGUUGGAAACUACUAUUGGUGGCUUGUUAUAGACCAUUUUUUGACGUAAUUUUGUGGGGUUUUUUUGUCUUUUUGCUUGAAUUUCUAUAUGUGAUGUUAGGUUUGAUGAUAGGUUUUUGCUACUUAUUAUUCCUUCUAUUCCUUUUGUUUGUCCUAUUUGGAAUCUUCAAAGGGAAAAUUUAACUAUUAAGAAUUUUUUGUAAAUAUUUUUUAAAAAUAAAUAAAUUCACAUGGGAUCUUGUUAGAUUCAUCAUGAUGUGUACUUUCUAGAUUUCGACUUUUUAUAAUGCUUAUUUGAAGAUAUAGAUGUUUAGUUAUAUGCAUGGGAAAUUGUGUGCAAAGGAUAAUGAGACAAACUUAAAGCAGGAGUGUGUUGAUUUGUGUUUUUAUUUACUUUAUUUAUUACUCUUUCCGCUCUUUUUAGUUCUACCCACUUUUAAUUUAGUCUGAUCUUUUUUUGUUUAAUUCACUUUGCUAUAUUCUAUUUUUGGCUUAACUCCUUUACCAUCUUACCAUUUCAAGACCACAAUAAUUACACCUUUCCUCACACUCUUGACUUAUUUUAUUUUUUUCACAAUUUUGUUACACAUACACAUUUUUACAUUUUCUUAAACAUUAUCCUACUUUUCUUACACCCACUCAAAUUAUUCAAUAUGUUCUAAAAUUGCGUAUCCACUAGAACAUAAUUGAACAAGAAUAUUAUUUUUCUCGAGGAUUUUAAAGAAUAUGUGAAUUAUAGAAGAAACUAGUUUUUGGGCCUGGCAAUGCCUGGUCAAUGCAUUUUCAUUAUUUUUCUUUUGAAGUCUUAAUAUCAAAUAUUGCAUGGUUUAAUGGUGAAGGUUUUAACACAUCCACUUGAGGUCACAUGAUCAAAUAUAAUGUAUACUGUAUAGCAUAUCUUCAUUGUUUUAAUUGUAUGUUAAUGAUGUGAAAUGCAACAUAAAUCGUAUUGGGAGAGCGCCAUGUGUCACAUGAACUUUUGUUGGAAUGCUUUGUAAUAUAUUAUUAUUAUAGAUUAAAGAUUGUAGGUACAAAAACUUUUCAUGAUAGUACUACAUUUAAGGAAAAUAAAUAAAUUUGUAUUGAACAAUGUUAUUUAACCUGUUUAAUAAUUUGAUUGGUGUAGUGGAUGUGAAUGACUAAAAGUGCUCCUUUUUUCAUUGUUUGCUCAAGAUUUCUGUUUAAGUUAGAAUAAUUGUUGUGACUUGGAGUCUUGGACUUUGUCUUUUGCAUUAUGAAUUCAUUAUUUCUCCAUAAAUAAAAAUUAUUUAGUAGUUCAAGAUUAAGGUUGGUACAAAAUUUUGUCUUUCACUCUCAUCUUAAUUUGGUGUUUUGUGCUAUGGAGAGUGAGUAUAACAGCCAAGAAUAUCGAGCUUUAUUGGAUUUACUAAGCCAGGAAGCUAGAACUUAACGAUGUAUAAUGCAUACAUGAGGGAAGCCCUGGCUUGCAACCUGGUGGAGGCUCUAAUAUUAAUGCUAGAUUAUGUACUUCUGUUUAAAUCGGUGUGUGAUAUACAAAGUGUAUGGUUGUAGACUGGUUCUUAAGUAUGGAGCCACUAUGGAGUAAUUUGCAAAACCAUUGGCUGAAGCUGCCCUUGUCUAAAUUUUCCAGUUAACACUGCAGCUGUUUUGGUAGAAAUCAAUGGUUCAAGGAUAUUUGGAUGGAUACUUCUUUACUUGUCCAGAAGUUAAAGGAUGCGAGUUGCACUUGUACAGUUAUUUGAAUGUGAGCAAGACCAUGGCUGGCAUGAGUCGUGUAUUUAGUUCAGGAGAACAGGAUCCCUCUGAUUUGAAUGCAGAUCGGAUAAGUAAUCUUCCAUGGAAUGUCCUAGACAUUAUUCUCGGGAAGCUAUCAAUAACUGAAGCUGUCAGGACAAGUGUUUUGGCAAAGGAUUGGCGAUAUAGUUGGCUUACCAUGUCCAAGUUUUCCCUAAGUUCGGAAGAGAUUGGUGAAGUACUUGAUUUUAGGGAUCCUAGGUGGGAUAUAUUAUCUAGUAUAGUUAGCAACUUCCUACUUCAUCACACCACCACUUCAAUUAUGACAUUCAUCCUGCAAUCAUUUUUUUGCUCACAUUUUUCUGAUUUGAGCAAUUGGAUUGAAUUUCUCUCGAAAAAGGGUGUUGAAGUUUUAGAACUUAUAGAGUUUGGGGAUCAAUACUUAAAAAUGCCCACACAUCUAUUCUCCUUUGAGAAGCUGAAGGUUUUGGUCAUCGAAUCUUUUUCUUUACAGAUUCCAUCUUCUUUUAGAAGUUUUAAAUUCCUGGAAGAACUUUCUCUCAACGAAGUUUCAAUCAGUAGCGGUGACUUAUAUCGAUUGAUUCUAGCGUGUCCUCUCCUGCUGAAUCUGACACUGGUGACCAUUUCUGGAAUUCAGAAUUUGAGAAUUCACUCAGCCAGGCUGACUAUGUUAGAAGUAGAUACCGGGUUUGUGGGUAUUGAUGUUGAAUUUGCUCCAUGUUUGUCAACAGUUAGUAUUAUAAAUGAUUACAGAUCAUUCACACCACAAAGUGUGAUUCUCAACUGGCGCAGUGUUACGCGUUCAUUAUCUGGUUUGAUUUCUCUUCAAAGUUUGGCUUUAUCAGAAAUAAUUUUUAAGCUUUUGGUUGCUGAAUGUGCACUUAAAGACUUUCCUUUGAGGAACAAUACUCUGGCGUUUCUUAUCCUUCGGGAAGUAAGUUUUGAUAAAAUUGAAGUUUUCAGGGUUUGCCUUUCUCUACUAAAAUUCUGCCCAAAGAUGAAAACUUUCAGAAUUACGGUUACAUCAGCCAAAGGUCCCAAGCUUAUCAAAUCAUUCUUAAAAGAGAAUCCAGGGCAGUACUCUUUUUUGGAGCUCGAAACACUGAAUGUGAUCUAUCCUCCUGGCACUGGCAUGGGAUGUUCUGUGAAGUUCAUAGAAUUUCUUGUCACUCACUGCCCAAACCUUAAGUUGUUAAGCAUUGAAACAGAAGGAGCAUGUGAAUUAAAUAUCACUCGGGCUAACAAGAUGCUCUCACAGCUCAGGAAAUUGUGUCCUCAUGCUUCAGUUCUGUAUACCUUUGAUGACCAAGAACCUAAUUUGUGAUCUCCAUCAAACAAGUUUACAGAAAAAAGUCCGUCCCAAUCUUAUCAGCCAUCGCUUUUGAAAGCUAUUUGGUAGUCAGCGAAACUUUUUUUUUUCCGAAUAAAUACAAUCUUGAUGAACUUCUAGACAAUAAUUAAUUACUUGAAGUGCUUAUGUUACUGUGUUUUGAUGUAAACCUUUUCUUGAUGGAAGACAGUGUCAUGUUAUUGACUUAUUGCUGUGUUAUUAUGCAUUACCUUUUGACUGAA